CGCACUUCCGUCACAGGACACUUAACCGCUCAACAACUUCCUUUGCUACAAAGACAAAAUGGCGGCCUCCUUACAACGAAUUGGAAUAGCUAUCUGCCGCACAUUUCCUGUCAUUUUGCAACGAAAAAUUCAAGCACAGAGAAUUCGUGAUUGGACAAUAACUUCAAGUGCUGCUCCAGGGCUGCGUCUGAAGUUUCGUGCUUUAUCAUCAUCAUCAUCAUCAUCGUCUGCUGAAAACACAGAAUCAGCCGAGACACUGUCUAGAUAUUCAGACAGACCAUGGGAAUACUUAGAAAGUGAAGAGUACAUUGAGCGCUAUGGAUCAAAGCCUGUGUGGUCUAACUACAGACGGAAUCAUAAGGGGGGUGUCCCUCCUCAAAAGACAAGAAAGACCUGUAUUAGAGGGGAUAAGAUAUGUGGUAACCCUUGUCCCAUCUGUCGUGAUCCAAACAUCAUUGUCCAUUACAAGAAUGUGAAUCUGUUGCAGCAGUUCAUUAGUCCUCAAACAGGAAUUAUGCACGAUCCCACUCGAACCGGUGUGUGCAUGAAACAACAGAAACUACUUAACAAGGCCAUUGAAACUGCUAGAGAUUGUGGUUUACUUGCUGUUCAGUUACCUCAUGUUGAUUACUCUAAAGAGGACUACACAAACACUCAUGGUGCUGUAGCACCAACCACUGCCCCAUUUUCUCUCAGCUCUGGGGAACUGUGGUAUUCGUGGUAUGGUAGUAUAAAACCAGAUGAGCGAGAACUGGCAAGAGUGAAGCGGAUCUACAAAGACUACCUGAAACCGGAUGUUUGAAUCUUGUUGCAAUAGACCUUAGUCAGAGCAGAUGCCAUGUAUUUUACAUGCAUGAAAAUGAGGCAGUGAGGGAUAGAGACUUACGGUCUUUACAAUGUCAUUUUUCAAACUCUUUAUGGCGUUGUCUACUGAAAGCUUUUUGGAAAGACAUUUCAUUCGCUGAAAAAUCGGUAUGUUGUUAAACAGCAACUCAUUAAACGCCAUGUACUUCUAUCCCUCAGCCUCGUUUUCUUUCCUGUCAAAAAAUUACAUAUUGCGCGCUACCCUGAUUAAGGUCUAUCGAAAGAGUGGUUGUAAUUUCAAUUGUGGAUGUUUCAUCCAAAUUAUGUUUCCAUAACAGUACUUAAUAUGAGCAAGAAGAAAAUGUACAUUUUCCAUUCAUGUUGUUACAUUUUGUCCAUGCAAGACAAGCAUAAUAUAAGAAAUCUCAAAUAAAAGCACUAAAUA